CGCCGAUUCUCAAUACACAGCAGAGCUCGUGCGGGCUUGAUGCCAGAUACCGAAGACCCUCAGCCACCCAAGCAAGCUCCGCCAGAGCACGUUGCGCAGCAACCAGCUGAGCUUAGCGACGAUCAAUAUCAUGAGCUGGCAGAUGAAUAUAUGGACGCUGUGCGUGAGAGAGCGGAACAACUGCAGGAAGGCCGAGAGGACGUCGAGGUGGAAUAUGCUGCGGGCGUCCUCAACAUAGUCUUUCCACCCAAUGGCACGUACGUAAUCAAUAAGCAACCACCGAACAAGCAGAUAUGGCUUUCGUCUCCAAUCUCAGGUCCGAAGCGAUAUGACUGGGUGAUAUCAGGGGAGAGUAUGCACCAGAAAGAGGGAGGCGGCACUGGGGAGUGGGUGUAUCUGCGUGAUGGGACGAGGCUCAGCGCACUGCUGAGUAAGGAGUUGGGAAUAUCGAUG